GAGUUGUAGAUCUGGGGGUAAUUAACCUUUUAAUAUAGUAAUAAAAUUGACAAUUGGGGAUUUGAGGGAUUAGAAUAAUCCGAUGUAUGAAUUGGAUUUACCUAAGGAUGUUAGAUUCUGGUCACACUUCGUAUUAUUAUCCAAGCGAAUCGCCGUUGACAAAUACUAUUAUGAAGAUGAGUUUAUCAAGUAUUUCUCAUCCCAAGGGACCCAGGAUCCACUCCUAAGUCUCACAAGCUACGUCAGAGUCGUUGGGAUCAGAACUAUUAUUGAAACCUUUUUGUCAGAAUUUACUGGAGAUAAGGUCCAAUUUGUUAAUCUAGGCUCUAGUCUAGACACAGUGUCACUUUAUUUACUCAGUAAAUAUCCAAAUCUCGUCUGUUUUGACCUCGAUCUCGAAAAGGAAAUUAAAACUAAAAUCGACAUUAUCACACAUACCAAAGAGUUGUUGAGUUUGUUCCCCAACUAUAAAGUUGAGAAAUUAGAUUUCUAUUCCAACCGAUACCACGUCUUGGAGUGUGAUUUGAGGGAUGUGAGGAAUUUGGACAAGUUGAAGAGUCAUGGAUUCUCUUAUGAAUUACCAACAGUUUUUCUCAGCGAAUUCGUUCUCACAUACUUAGAAAAUCAUCUUUCCAAUCAAGUGAUAAAGCAUUUUUGUGAUAAUUGUAGGAGUUUCCGUUUAUUUGUUGAUUUGGAAUAUGGGAAACUCACUCCAAUGCACAGUUUAUCCGAUUAUUUCACCAAAGAAUUACAAAUUCAACGGUAUAAGGAGUUGGGCUGGGAUGGUAUAUUUUCCUGUGAUUACAACUUUAUUUAUAACAAUUUUAUCAAUAAACAUGAACGAAAAAGGCUCAGAAGUAUUGAGAAUUUUAAUGAGAUGGAUUCAUUGGGACUAUAUUGUAGUCAACCAUUAAUAAUUGUCGCACACAACAAUUUUAAUCAUUAUUUAAUCAACAAAUUCAAUAAUCUUUUCAAAGAAAAAGAAACCAACACUAAUAAUACUAGAACCAAUAACACCGAGGGUGAUAAUACCGAGGGUGGUAACGAUGAUGAUGAGUUGUUACCAUAUUUGAGUGAUGAGUAUUUGGAAAAGGAUCGUAGUCUUGAUCCGAUUCAUCAAAUGUUCUAUUUCUUCUUCAGAGAUAAUCAACCGUAUUUUAAUCCUUCCUAA